AUGGGGUGUGCGGUGGAGCUUGUUGUAAAUUUGAUGGGGUGUGUCUUCAAGAGGAGGGAGUUUUCGAUGGGGUGGGGCUUGAUAUCAGAUGGGGUGAGGUUUGAUUUCAGAUGGGGUGUGUCUGAAAGGGAAGAGGGUUUUCGAUGGGUGGUGUAUGAUAUGGGAUGGGGUUUACACGUGGGGUGUAAAAAAUUAUGGCUAAUGAACGGGGACAGGGACGGGGAUUCCCUAAAAGUUUCUUAUCGGGGAUUGGACGGGGAUGGGGGCGGGGAUGAGGAGUGGGGAUGGAGAUGGUAUUGCCAUACUUGA